AUGAUGCGGCUGCAUUGGUUCGUCAGUGAAGCAUUUGAUUUGGUCUAAUAAACAUCGGUGAACCGAGUCAGCGAGUCCGAGUCAACUCGAGGAUAAUUAUAACCACAGACCUAGGAUUACUGUGACAGUGCAAGUGUGUGUGCGUGCAAAUAAAACAUCCGUCCAAGAACGCGUCUUCCAUCCAAUCUUCAAUCAGCCAUGAAAACCUUCAUCUUAAUGUCCUGCCUGGCUCUGGCCGCGGCGCGCCCUGAAGCUGGCUACAACUACAACCGUCCCGGUGGCGGCGGUGGCUCCAUUGGCCUGGGCGGUGGCUCUGGAGGAUUUGGAGGUGGUAGCUUCGGAGGCAGCUCCGGCGGCGGCGGCUUCGGUGGUGGAUCGGGCGGAGGUUUCGGUGGCGGCUCGGGUGGCGGAUUCGGCGGUGGUUCAGGUGGCGGAUUCGGCGGCGGCUCAGGAGGCGGAUUUGGCGGUGGCUCAGGAGGUGGAUUCGGUGGCGGAUCCGGCGGUGGUUUCGGAGGCGGCAUCGGCGGUGGUUUCGGAGGCGGCGGCGGCGGCGGCGGUGGCACCACCUUGGUGCAGAAGCACAUCUAUGUGCAUGUGCCACCACCAGAGCAAGAGGAGGUCCGUCAGCGCCCCAAUCUGCCCGUGGGACAAGCCCAGAAGCACUACAAGAUCAUCUUCAUUAAGGCGCCAUCUCCACCCUCGUACCAGGCUCCAGUCAUUCCCCUGCAGCCCCAGAACGAAGAGAAGACCCUCGUCUAUGUGUUGGUCAAGAAGCCCGAGGAUCAGCAAGAUAUUGUCAUUCCCACACCAGCACCCACGCAGCCCUCGAAGCCCGAGGUCUACUUCAUCAAGUACAAGACCCAAAAGGAUGGCGGCGGCAUCUCUGGAGGCUCCGGCGGUGGCUACUCAUCAGGCGGCGGCGGCGGUGAUGGUGGCUACACUGGUGACAUCUCUGGCGGUGGCAUCUCUGGCGGUGGCAUCUCCGGCGGUGGCAUCUCGGCGCCAUCCAGCAACUACGGCCCACCCGGCAAGUCUGGUCCCUACUAAAGAGUGUCCAGCUCACCAUAACAACAACAACAACAACCAGAAGCUGAAGAACUUGAACAUGAACUUGAACUCGAACGCGAACCUCGAACUCACUGCAAU